ACAUCACACAGACUGUGGGUGGUUUCUGCUGUAAGGCUGGGAAACAGGAAGUGAACGUCACUGACACAGGAAUGGGACUGAAAAAAGAAAACACCAUGAUGAUGAGGAGAAUGUCAAAUCCACUCGUGUAGCAAACACAAAUCCCCGUUUCAACUGCAGGGAAAGAGGAUGCAUUGUGGAGCUGGAAUUGAGGCAACAGGAAGGGCACCGGCGCGUUGCUAAAUGGAGUCGGAGCAGCUGUACCACAGAGGCUACUGCAGGAACAGCUACAACAGCAUCGCCAGCGCCAGCAGCGACGAGGAGCUGCUGGAUGGAGCCGGCGCCGUCAUGGACUUCCACACCACCGAGGACGACAACCUGCUGGAUGGGGACGCGGCCUCCCCAGGGUCUAACUACGUGAUGUCUAACGGGGGCGGGGCACCCAGCAGCACCACCCACCUGUUGGACUUCCUAGAGGAGCCCAUCCCUGGUGUGGGGACCUACGACGACUUCCACACCAUCGACUGGGUCCGAGAGAAGUGCAAGGACCGCGAGAGGCACCGGAAGAUCAACAGUAAGAAAAAGGAUUCGGCAUGGGAGUUCACAAAGAGCCUGUACGACGCCUGGUCCGGGUGGCUGGUGGUGACGCUCACUGGCUUGGCCUCAGGUGCUUUGGCUGGCCUGAUUGACAUUGCUGCUGAUUGGAUGAACGACCUGAAGGAGGGCGUGUGUCUGAGCGCCAUGUGGUUAAACCGCGAGCAGUGCUGCUGGACGUCCAAUGAGACCACCUUCGCUGAGCGGGACAAGUGUCCUCAGUGGAAGAACUGGGCUGAGCUAAUACUGGGGCAGGCAGAGGGGCCCGGCUCGUACAUCAUGAACUACUUCAUGUACACUUACUGGGCGCUGUCCUUCGCCACCCUGGCCGUCUGUCUGGUCAAAGUGUUCGCUCCCUACGCCUGCGGCUCGGGGAUCCCUGAGAUAAAGACUAUCCUCAGUGGGUUUAUUAUCCGGGGCUACCUGGGGAAGUGGACCCUGUUGAUAAAGACCGUCACUCUGGUGCUGGCGGUGGCGUCGGGGCUCAGCCUGGGGAAGGAGGGCCCGCUGGUGCACGUGGCCUGCUGCUGCGGGAACAUCUUCUCCUACCUCUUCCCCAAGUACAGCAAGAACGAGGCAAAGAAACGAGAGGUUCUCUCUGCUGCGUCGGCAGCCGGGGUGUCUGUUGCUUUUGGAGCCCCGAUUGGAGGAGUGCUCUUCAGCUUGGAGGAGGUGAGCUACUACUUCCCUCUCAAGACGUUGUGGCGCUCCUUCUUCGCGGCCCUGGUGGCUGCCUUCGUCCUGCGCUCCAUCAACCCAUUUGGGAACAGCCGUCUGGUGCUGUUCUACGUGGAGUACCACACUCCCUGGUACCUGUUCGAGCUCAUCCCCUUCAUCCUGCUGGGGGUGUUCGGAGGCCUCUGGGGAGCCUUCUUCAUCCGGGCCAACAUCGCCUGGUGCCGGCGGCGCAAGUCCACGCGCUUCGGAAAGUACCCGGUGUUGGAGGUGAUCUUGGUAACGGCCGUCACCGCUGUGUUUGCUUUCCCCAACCCGUACACGCGUCAGAACACCAGCGAGUUGAUAAAGGAGCUGUUCACAGACUGCGGCCCGCUGGAGUCCUCGCAGCUCUGCCAGUACCGCAGCCAGAUGAACGGCAGCAAGGCGUUUAACGACAACCCCAACCGCCCCGCGGGGCCCGGGGUCUACGCCGCCAUUUGGCAGCUCUGCCUGGCCCUCGUCUUCAAGAUCAUCAUGACCAUAUUCACCUUUGGACUCAAGGUACCGUCGGGGCUGUUCAUCCCCAGCAUGGCCAUCGGGGCGAUCGCAGGGCGGAUCGUUGGCAUCGCCGUGGAGCAGCUGGCGUAUUAUCACCACGACUGGUUCCUGUUCAAAGAGUGGUGCGAGGUGGGGGCCGACUGCAUCACGCCGGGGCUCUACGCCAUGGUGGGGGCCGCCGCAUGUCUGGGCGGUGUGACCCGUAUGACCGUCUCUCUGGUGGUCAUCGUGUUCGAGCUGACGGGGGGGUUGGAGUACAUCGUCCCCCUCAUGGCCGCCGUCAUGACCAGCAAGUGGGUGGGCGACGCGUUUGGUCGCCAGGGAAUCUACGAGGCGCACAUCCGUCUGAACGGUUACCCCUUCCUGGACGCCAAAGAGGAGUUCACCCACGUGACGCUGGCCAGUGACGUGAUGCGGCCGCGGCGCAGCGACCCCCCGCUCGCCGUGCUGACGCAGGACGACCUGACGGUGGAGGAGCUGCAGAGCACCAUCAACGAGACCAGCUAUAACGGUUUCCCUGUCAUCGUGUCCAAGGAGUCCCAGAGGCUGGUGGGCUUCGCUCUGCGCAGGGACAUCACCAUCGCUAUAGAAAACGCUCGUCGUAAGCAGGAGGGCAUCAUGCUGAACUCCAGGGUUUACUUCACGCAGCACGCCCCCACCCUGCCGGCCGACAGCCCGCGACCCCUCAAGCUGCGCUCCAUCCUGGACAUGAGCCCCUUCACCGUCACCGACCACACCCCCAUGGAGAUCGUGGUGGACAUCUUCAGGAAGCUGGGCCUGCGCCAGUGCCUGGUCACUCACAACGGGAAUGUUUUGGGCAUCAUCACAAAGAAGAAUAUAUUAGAGCAUCUGGAGGAGCUCAAGCAGAACACGGAGCCCCUGACGGCUUCUUGGUAUUAUCACAAAAAAAGAUAUCCUGCGUCACAUGGCUCAAAUGGCAGACCAAGAUCCCGGGUCCAUCAUGUUCAACUGAUCGGCUCCUUCCAGGACGGCCGGGGGGGCGACGACAGCGAGGAGGAAGUGCACCUCCUGGACGGCUCCAAUCGCUGACAUUCGGACCCCGUUUUGUUUCCAUGUUUAGUUUCCAGCUUUGUAGAACCUGGCGGACGGAGCGUGCCCUCCACAGAGACUUGCAGGCCAUGAGAGGGAGAGGAAACGUGAUAAAAGACUUUGUUGUUAUCAUAGCGGCUGCUGAAAGCACACACACACACACGAGGAAUGCACUUUCUACACACACAUCGCAACACUUUUGCACUUGCAGACACCUCACACCUGCAUGCUCUUCACCUGUAACACACACACACCCCUCUGCACCCCCCACGUGCCUCACCCGUCCUGUGUCCUUUCGCCUGGCUGGGGGUCAAAGGUCAGAAUGAACCGCCGCUGAGGGACGCGAUGAGAAACCUCGACACCUCCAGGCUUCUAAGAAUAUAACUCACUUUCCUCACACCCCCCCCCGCACACACACAUGUCCGUCCUGCAGAGAAAUACAUUGUUAACCUGUGAUUUAAAUGUGUGUGUGUGUGUGUUUUACCGCCACUACAUUCCAGCACCUGCUCCUCACCCCCAAACGUGGCGUUGUGCAUGGCUGCUUCCCCCGGGUGAACGUAAGUCAAAAUGAGAUGGCUUUAGUGUGUGUGUGUGUGUGUGUGUGUGUGUGUGUGUGUGUGUGUGUGUGUGUGUGUGUGUGUGUGUGUGUGUGUGUGUGUGUGUGUGUGUGUGUGUGUGUGUGUGUGUGUGUGUGUGUGUUUCAAGAACAAAAUGUUCAAUUUCAGAAGGAUAAACGUGGAGAAAAAGACCUUCAUGAGUGUUUUCUUUACUGAUCCAGCUGUGUGCGAGAAUGUAAGUGUGUGUUUGUCGCUGCCGAUCAGUGUGAGGCUUAAAGGACAAAAGGAAAUCAAAUGUCACUAAACCACUAAUAUGUAUUUGAUUAGUAAGAACACAAGCCCAAUUGUUGUAAAAAAUAACCCACCGUAAUGUUUUUAAUUGUUAUUUUGUUACCAUAAGUGAAAAACACACACUUUUUGGAAUCAUAAUAAUAUAAAAAAGAGUUUAACCGCUGUUUCCAAAGACAGGAAUGGAUUCUUUAACUCAAAAUAAGUAAUGUAAUUUACUGCAAAUCACACAAACGGCUCCACCUGCACGCUGCUUUUCGUUACAGCAGGUUGUGCUAAAUCUUGUCCGAUCUCGCAACAUCUGCCAAGUGCCUGGCAAAGGUUGUUUUUUUAUGGCUUUCACACCCAUAAAUGAUCCCUAAAAACCCACCUGCUACCCCAACCAACCUUCCCCUCAGAACAUAUUGUGAUCCUUUUACAAACGAUGAAGGGAGAUGGAGAGACGGUGGUGAAGCGGGGACAAACGGCAGCACUUUACCUGUAGAGUGGUGGCAGGAGUGUGUGUGUGUGAGAGUGUGUGAGGAAGGUCGGGUUCAUCCUGUGUUCUUGUGACGGGCAGCAGAGCAUCGUCUUUGCCUAACAUUGUAUUUCAUACUGAUCUCGAUGUUUUUCUCCUUUUUUUUUUUUAUUUAUGGGUAGUGUCGAUAGAGUUGUGCAUUAUUAUGAAGAAUUUUAUGUAUGAUUACAUUGAUUGUUUGAUUGUGUAAAAAAUGUGUAAAGAUUACAUUUUGUUUUAAAUUAAAAGGAACAAAAAGAUUGAAGUUGCA